AUGUUAGAACUCAAGGAAGACACCAUAGAGAGCUUGCUGGCCGCCGCUUGCCUUCUUCAGCUUUCCCAAGUUAUAGAAGUUUGCUGUAACUUUCUUAUGAAGCAGCUUCAUCCCUCUAAUUGCCUGGGCAUUCGGUUUGGGGAUGCACAAGGCUGCGUGGAGCUGCGGGUGGCUCACAGUUACACUAUGGAACAUUUUAUUGAAGUAAUCCGGAAUCAGGAAUUUCUCCUUCUACCGGCAACUGAAAUCGCCAAACUGCUCACAAAUGAUGACAUCAACGUCCCAGAUGAGGAGACCAUUUUCCAGGCGCUAAUGCAGUGGGUGAAACAUGACAUACAGAUGCGGCAGAGGGACCUGGGAAUGCUGCUCUCCUACAUCCGGCUCCCACUGCUUCCUCCUCAGUUACUUGCAGAUUUAGAAAACAGCCCAAUGUUCACCAAUGAUCUGGAGUGUCAGAAACUUCUGAUGGAAGCCAUGAAAUACCAUCUCUUACCCGAAAGAAGAUCGAUGAUGCAAAGUCCUAGGACCAAACCACGAAAAUCCACGGUCGGGGCUCUUUAUGCAGUGGGUGGAAUGGAUGCUACCAAAGGGGCCACGACAAUUGAGAAGUACGACCUGAGGACAAACAGCUGGAUACAGGUCAGCACCAUGAACGGCCGGCGCCUGCAGUUUGGGGUGGCCGUGAUUGACAACAAGCUCUAUGUGGUCGGAGGAAGAGACGGACUGAAGACAUCGAAUACUGUGGAGUGCUUCAACCCCAUCACCAAAGUGUGGACAAUAAUGCCACCAAUGUCAACCCACCGACACGGACUGGGGGUGGCCGUGCUGGAAGGUCCCAUGUAUGCCGUAGGCGGCCAUGAUGGAUGGAGCUACCUGAACACAGUGGAGCGCUGGGACCCGCAGGCUCGGCAGUGGAAUUACGUGGCCAGUAUGUCCACACCCAGGAGUACGGUCGGGGUGGCAGCUUUGAAUAACAAAUUGUACGCUGUCGGGGGAAGAGACGGCAGCUCCUGUCUUAAAUCCAUGGAAUGUUUUGAUCCUCACACGAACAAGUGGAGCAUGUGUGCGCCCAUGUCCAAGCGGCGGGGAGGCGUGGGGGUGGCUACGUACAAUGGAUUCCUGUACGCCGUUGGGGGCCAUGAUGCGCCAGCAUCAAACCUAUGUUCUCGGCUGUCAGACUGCAUGGAGAGAUAUGAUCCUAAAACUGACAUCUGGACGACGGUGGCGCCGCUGAGCGUUCCUCGGGAUGCAGUUGGCGUUUGUUCUCUUGGUGACAGACUGUACGCUGUGGGCGGAUACGAUGGACAGACAUAUCUUAAUACGGUGGAAUCUUAUGAUGCACAAACCAAUGAGUGGACGCAGGAAGUCCCUCUGAACAUUGGACGAGCCGGAGCGUGCAUUGUAGUCAUAAAGUUGCCAUGAGCGUUUCUAAUAUGUUCCUGGGACAGACAGCACAAAAAAGGCAAGAAGAUUCAUUAGUGGAUCUGAAGCCACUGACCGACUCUAUCAACAUGGCCGACAGGAAGGAGUUCUCCGGAUAAAGUCUGGAUUGAUAAAACUGCCAUUUUAUAUCUUGGGCAAAACUUUGUUGUACACUGAAAAUUAUAUUAAAGAUAAAAUAAUUUAAAAAAACCAGGAAAGCGAAAUAAAAUAAAAAUCAAAAACUUUAAACUUUAAAAGUAAAAAAAAAUAAAAUACACUGGGAAAUGGCCACAUUUUACAUAUAAGGAAAAAAAAACUUUGUCUUUUAAAUAUAUUUUAUGUAACCCUAUAGAAACCCAGAGGAGACGGCGCCUUAUAUUUUAAUAUAUAAUUCUAUAAAGUAAUUAAAGGGAGGGUUUUUAUUAAGGAGAAGAAAAUGAUCAAAGUGAAGAUUAUGACUCUGAUUUCUGCAUUUUUAGCCCAUAACUUUUUUUGUGCAGAAUAAGAAGAAUUAUUAAAUAAACGAAUGAAUGAAAAUGCAGGAAAAAGUCACUUAAAGGGAAUGUCUCAUGGAUGGGACUUUGAUUUUUUUUAAUGAAAUUUCAGUCUCUAGAGGGGAACUAAUGUGUUUGUUCUUCUUUAAAAAUGUUUGUAGAUUUUUUUUUAAAACAUCGUUGUGGGCGGCUAUAUUGGAGGCCCGUGCAGUUAAUUCCUGUAUAAUGUACGCAAUGCAGCAGGGUGUGUGCUCUUUAUGGCAGUUGCAAUGGAUAGACUAUUACAGCCUAGGAAUAGAUGACACAGAGACAGGAGGGGGGUACAUACAUAUAAUUAUGUGGGUGCAUAAUGUUACUAUCCUCCAUAUAUAGGCUUGAGUCCAAUGGCAAAAAGGGCGACUCUGUUAAUCCUUCCCUCUAAUAAUAAUGAGAUGACUCUGCUGACUCUGCACCAUUCUGCACAGCAAAGCUGAAGAGUGAGAUACAAGGAGCAGGGAAGGUCAGCCUGUUUUAUAUGCUCCAUUGGUCAAUAGGAAAACUGUGAUAUUCAGGAUUAUUUUCUUGUUACAAAAAAAAUUAAAACAGACAUUAUAAGUUUUCUGAUGAUACAUUCCCUUUAAGCAACAUUUAAUAUUGAAACAGUUUGCAUCUUUUUAACUUAAGCAUGAAAAAGACCAAAAAACCCACAAACUUUUAAUUGUGCUUCCAUAUGGCCUUCAUCCAUGACAUUGAAGUCCAAUUAAUUGACUAUGCUGGUGCAGAGACAAAUCUACUGUGACAGCACUGGAAUUGCCAGGAGGCCAAAAAUAAAUGCCAAGUGCAGAAGAAGCCAUCCUGAAAAAUAAAAAAUAAAUUAAUAAAAAAAUAAAUGACACUUCCUGUCGUCCUUGGCAUGUAAUGUAAACUAUACACAGAAUAAACCUUUUCUUAAUAUUUUUUCAAGGCAAUUUUUACUUGUAAUUUGUAAAUUUAACUGCAACCAAAUUGAAAUGAAAUGAGCAAUUUUUCUAUUAGAAUUUUUAUUUUAUUUGCCUGGUCAGCAGAACCGGUAAAAAAAUCCAUCCAAGUGUGAAAAACAUUCCAUGUAGGGUUUAUGGCACAAUUUCUUUUGUCGUUGGUAGAUCCACAAAGUGAGUUUAUUGCAUCAGUAUAAUCAAAUCUAAUGGCAAAUAGUGUAAUACAAUAUGUAACACAUGUAUCGAUCCAGAUCAUAAAAAUAUAUAAACAUUGUAUAGCCAAUUACUUCCACAAAUCAAACAAUUGACAUCUCAAAAUAUUAGACGUACGGAUCAUCCAUGUAUUGUCAUGACCAUGGAAAUUCAGGGCUGUUCCAGAAGUUGGACCCUGGGGGGGGAGGGGGUGUUGGUCAUUUGAUCAGGGUCCCUGUAUUUUUAAACAUAGGGUUGUCUUAAAAGGAAUUGUCCCAUCCAGGUAAUUUAUGGCAUUCAGUUUCUCCAGGAUAUGCUAGAAAUAUCAGAUUAGUGAAGGUCUCACCUUUAAGACCAGCUCCUAUCUCCAGUGAAUAGAGAGCACACCGCACAUUUGCAGAAGUCUCAUAGUAGUGAAUGGGGAGCAAGUCGUGCAAGCCACCUAACCGUGCAAUUGCUUGGCAAUUUGUGGGACUCCCAUAGCAGUGAAUGGAGGCUGGUUGCGCAUGCUUGGCUUGCUCUCCCUUUACUUCAGGGUGCUCAUACUGGAGAUAAGUGCGGGUCCCACCUCUAUGACCAGCACCUAUCUUACAUUUAUUGGCAUAUCCUAGUCAUACGCCAUAGAUGACACGGGACAACUCCUUUAAUUGGAGAAAGCAAGUUCUUAAUUGCCGAGAGCUCAUCUACUUGCUCUGUGUCCACGGCCCACACAAUGGAGAUCUGCACGUGUGUCCAACAAUCCUAACUUAUUACAUACAAUGAAAAUUCUACACAAUAUACAAAAUCAUCUAGCAAAUAAAGAAAAAAAUAUAUUUUUAAACAUUUUACCCAUUUUACAUGUGUAUAUAAAUACAGUAGGGGCCAACCAUGCAGCUGCUAUGGUACAUGAAGAGAUAGGGCACUUAACUAUUGCAUGGUAAGAAUCCGUGCGGUUCACCCCUCCUCCGAGGAACUGUCAUUAUUACAAACCUGGGCAUAUGGGAAUGAGCCAAAUAUCAAAUAGAGGGGAAACAAAUAUCAGACUGUGACAAAUCAACCCUCUUUAUGUACAGUAUGCCACUGGUGUCGGGAAUGAGUUUCCCAUGGGAAAAAUCAUAAAAUCUUUAAUUUUGAAUAGUACGAUUUCAUAUAUUUAUUGAUUUUUUUAAACUAAAAUAUCAGAUUUACAAAAAGGAAGUGAUGUGCAUUCUAAAAUAUUGAUCAAAAAUCACAAAAUGUAAUUAUUUUGACAAUUUUAUUUCUUAUUUCUUUUCCUUUGUAUGGUUUUAUUUUCCCAAAAUUUAGAUUUUUUGUAAGAAGGGUGAUGUGCAAAGUGAAAUUCUGAUCAAAAGUCACAAAAUGUAUGCUUUUUGACAAUUAGAUUUUUUUUUAUUAAUCAUUUUUGUUUUAUUAAAAUUUUGAAUUGUUCAUAAAGGGAAGAGCGAUGUGCAUUAAAAAAAAAAACUGAUGAAAGGUCACAAAACAUUCAUUUUGACAAUUAGAUUUUUUUUAUUAAUUGUUUUUGUUUUACUAAAAUUUUAAAUCUUUCAUAAAGGAAAGAAUGAGGUUUAUAAAAAAAACAAUGAAAAGUCACAAAACAUAUUCAUUUUGAUAAUUGUAUUGUUUAAUAAUUGUUUUUGUUUACUAAAAUUUAGAACUGUUCACAAAGGGAAGAGUGAGGUGCAUUUCAAACGAAAACUGAUGAAAAGUCGUAAAACAUAUUCAUUUUUACAAUUAGAUUUUUGGACUAAUGGUUUACUAAAAUAUAUAAUUUCCAAAAAAGGAAGGGCAAUGUGCAUUCUAAAAUACUGUGAAUUACGUGUAAACACUGACUGCGUAGCCUGCUAAGAAAAAUAUAUAUAAAAUAUUUAAAAUUUUAGAAAUAUCAGGAACAAGAGAUUUUUUCUUUUAACAUUAUAAGACAUUGCUUUAAAGCUGAUACAUUUGUAACAAAAGCAACUUCGAAGAAUGUGAACACUGCAUUGUCUUCAUAUUUCUGUUGUAUGAUUUCUCGGCUGCGGUUUGUCUUUUGUGUUAUGGAUACGUAUGGUAUAUCACAUUGAUAUAUGAUGAAUUAUGACCUCACAUGGAGAGUGCCAAUGCUGACCGCGUCAUGAUGAUGUACAGAACCCUCAGAAACUUGUGUACUGUGAACGAUACCAUCACCAACGCAUGUUUACAUUCAACCAGCAACUUGAAGAUUUAGAAAGAAAAAGACAAAAAACUAUCACAUUGAUAAAAAACUAAACAAAACUACAAUCCACCUUUUACUUGCAUGAGGUUUACACUAUGACGGCUGAUUCUACCAGACUCUGGUCCGGACACUGGGAUUAUUUUGUAAAAAUUUCUGUAUGAUUGUGACCAGCUUGUUAUCAGGUCAGUAGUGCAUUUCACAAUGAAUAAAAAAUGAUG